AUGAUUCAAGGUGCUUCAGAGCUAGCUGCAAUAUGCGUCGGCUUGGUUGGCUUGAUCGGUGCAUCGGCUACCACGGGGUUGCCCAUGUGGAAGGUGACCGCGUUCAUUGGAGAAAACAUAAUUGUGAUGGAAACCCGCUGGGAAGGCCUAUGGAUGAACUGCUACAGACAAGCCAACAUCAGGAUGCAAUGUAAGGUUUAUGACUCCCUGCUGUAUCUGCCCCCUGAAUUACAGGCUGCCAGGGGUCUGAUGUGCUCUGCUGUGGCCUUGUCAGCGUUGGGGCUUCUUGUGGCUCUGGCAGGAAUGCGAUGUGUGUCCUGUAUUCGGGGUAAUGAUUGGGCUAAGACCAUUAUAUUGAUGGUUGCAGGGGUUAUGCAGUUCAUGGCGUGCAUCUGUGUCUUUAUCCCCGUGUCGUGGACAGGUCAUGUUAUCAUUACAGAUUUUUACAAUCCUUUGCUGAUUGAUGCCCAGAGAAGAGAGCUAGGAGAGGCUCUUUACAUUGGAUGGGUGACAGGUGCUGUGCUUUUCGCCUCAUCCUUGUUGUUUGUCUGCCGCCGUUUGCCCAAAGGCAAAGGCUCGUUUGAUGUGUACCAGCCACCAAACUUACUUAGUUAUAAGCCAACGCCCAAUAGGCCAGCUCUGAUGAAUUAUCAUCGCCUUUCGACUCUUUCCAGCCUUCGAUCGACUGGUUCCAUUGGACAAAAUGCUGCAAUGCCACUACAAACUGUCAUUCCAGUAAGGACAAAUAAUGGAACAGUAGUAAACCCACCUGUUGUCUAUAAUCCGACUCCUCAGGAAAAUGCAUCACUGUUAUAUCAAGGCAGUGUCUCUCAUCACCCCUCAGUGCAGAGCUCUAACCACAGUGGAAACUUGUAUGCUCCAGGGAACUCCUUAUACACGAGUCAGAACACCAUACCAUAUUCACUCACUUAUGUUCCCACCACGUCCUACCAGUCCAGCUUCCAUCCAGUUCCACAGACUCCUAUUUUCAUAACAUAUAAAGAAUCAAGAGCUGAAUCAGUGCCUUACAGUGAGAUGAGAGGUGGUGUAUACAUAUAA